UAGCGGCUCCCUCCAAGAUGGCGGCAGCGGCGGCGGAUCCGGGAGCGGGGAGCCCCCCAGCUGGCGAGUCUUGCGGCGGGGGCGGCAGCGGCGCUGGCGGGCUCCCCUCUCCCGGGGAGCAGGAGCUGACGCGGCGCCUGCAGCGCCUCUACCCGGCUGUCAACCAGCACGAGACGCCGCUGCCCCGCUCCUGGAGCCCCAAGGACAAGUACAACUACAUCGGCCUCUCCCAGAGCAAUCUCCGCGUCCACUACAAAGGUCAUGGCAAAAAUCACAAAGAUGCUGCAUCAGUUCGUGCAACUCACCCCAUACCUGCUGCCUGUGGCAUUUAUUAUUUUGAAGUGAAGAUUGUCAGUAAAGGUAGAGAUGGGUACAUGGGAAUAGGACUCUCAGCCCAAGGUGUCAACAUGAACAGACUGCCUGGUUGGGACAAGCAUUCCUAUGGUUAUCAUGGUGACGAUGGACAUUCAUUCUGUUCUUCUGGAACUGGGCAACCUUAUGGCCCCACCUUUACUACUGGAGAUGUGAUUGGCUGCUGCGUCAACCUCAUCAACAACACUUGCUUCUAUACAAAGAAUGGACACAGCUUAGGUAUAGCUUUUACAGACCUCCCGGCCAACUUAUACCCCACAGUGGGCUUGCAGACUCCUGGGGAGAUCGUAGACGCCAACUUUGGGCAGCAACCCUUUGUGUUUGACAUUGAGGACUACAUGAGGGAAUGGAGAGCAAAGAUUCAGGGAACCAUUAAGCGUUUUCCCAUCGGUGACAGGCUUGGGGAGUGGCAAGCCAUGCUGCAGAACAUGGUCUCUUCCUACCUGGUGCAUCAUGGGUAUUGUGCUACUGCUACAGCUUUUGCCCGUAUGACAGAAACCACGAUUCAGGAAGAACAGGCUUCUAUCAAGAACAGACAAAGAAUACAAAAGCUUAUGCUGGCAGGCCGAGUGGGAGAGGCCAUCGAGGCCACCCAGCAGCUCUACCCUGGUCUCCUGGAGCACAACCCCAACCUGCUCUUCAUGUUGAAGUGCCGGCAGUUUGUGGAGAUGGUGAACGGAACAGACAGUGAGGUUCGCUGUUUCAGUGCUCGAAGCCCCAAAUCCCAAGACAGCUACCCAGGGUCCCCCAGCCUCAGCCCUAGACAUGGACCCAGCAAUUCCCAUCUGCACAGCACUGGAGCAGAAAGCCCAAGCUGUAGCAACGGGGUCACAUCCACCAAAAGCAAACAGAGUCACAGUAAAUACCCAGCCCUGAGCUCCUCCUCGUCGUCGUCGUCCUCCUCCUCCCCUUCGUCAGUCAACUACUCUGAGUCCAACUCCACAGACUCCACCAAAUCCCAGCAGCACAGUAGUACAAGUAACCAAGAGACCAGUGACAGCGAGAUGGAGAUGGAAGCAGAACAUUAUCCCAAUGGAGUGCCAGAGAGCUCGUCCACCCGGAUCAUGAAUGGUGCCUACAAACACGAAGACAUCCUGCAGACAGAUGAAUCUAGUGUGGAAGAUGGGCAUCCUCGGCGACAGCUCUGUGGAGGCAACCAGGCUGCCACAGAGAGAAUUAUCUUGUUUGGCCGGGAGCUGCAGACCCUCAGUGAGCAGCUGUGCCGGGAGUAUGGCAAGAAUCUGGCCCAUAAAGAGAUGCUGCAGGACGCAUUCAGCUUAUUAGCAUACUCCGACCCAUGGAACUGCCCUGUUGGUCAGCAACUAGACCCUAUCCAGAGGGAGCCUGUGUGUGCAGCUCUCAAUAGUGCUAUUUUAGAAUCUCAAAACCUGCCAAAGCAGCCCCCACUGAUGCUCGCCUUGGGCCAAGCAUCCGAGUGUCUUCGGCUUAUGGCCCGAGUUGGCCUAGGCUCCUGUUCAUUUGCCAGAGUUGAUGACUAUUUGCACUAGCCACCUGAGUAAGAGGGGAGCACCAUCCCACCAAGCUGCCCUAACCUGGCCCCUGGGCUCAAUCUGGCCUUCUCCAUGCUGCCCCUCCUCACCCUGGGCUAGCCCAAGGACUCAGGGCUAGCCUUAUCCUCUCAUUAUCAUCAUGGCCCCUUCUCACACAUCUGUCUCAGAGACCUGGAAGCUGCUGGCAGAGUUAGAUCUUCCUCUCCCCGCCCCCCCCAUCCUUCCUUUUCCAUUCCUUUUCUCCAUCCUCUCAACCUCCCCUUGACUCUUUUUUCCAUCAUGUGCAGCAACAGCAGGGACAACACACACAGUAUUUGGCUGGUUACCCUAAUGUAGCACCUUCACUCUUAGGGACAUUGUUGGGGGGAGGCAGAGGGAGUUGGUUGCUUUUGGUUUUUUAUCUAUAUUUUUUCUGACUGAGCCACCAGUAUUUAUCUCUGGAGAGUUUGUGCUGAGCUGGUUUCUGCUAAUUUAGUGAUGAUAAAGCUCAUCCAAGUUGGUGAUAGCUUAUUAUUUUCUUAAGUAAAAAAAAAUGAGAUUAUAUAUAAAUAUAUAUAUAUAAACAAACACAGUAUUUAUCGUAGUGCUAGUUGUCUGGACACUUUGGGGAGAGGCAGUCCAGACAGUGUAUGUUUUUAGGGGGAGGGGGAGGUCCCACUCACUAAAAAGAAACCAUCUCUGUCACCUCAAACAAGUUGUUCAUUUCCUUCUACCAUAUCCCCAGCUGAACUUCCAAACCAUAAAGUCAGUUGAAGAAAACACAGUAGGAACUUUGUUGUGUUGGAUAUGGCCAGAGAUAGGGAAGAAGAGAGAGACCAGGAGCCAGGGGAGAUUGGUCAUCAGAUCAUGCAGUUCAGAGUGAGACACAGUGAGAACAGUUUAUCUGUUCCAACACCCUCGUUUUACAGAUGAGCAAACAGUCCCUGAAAGAGAAUGGGACCUGCCUGAGGUCACAUAACAAAUAGUAGCUCCAAGGCUAACCUUGGUCUUGUGGCUCUAAGUCUAAGCUGCCCUGUCCACCAUGACAGGUCACCUCUCUGAAAGUGUCAGAAGGAGGAUGCCUGCGAGAAGGGGGAGGAACAGUCCUUCAGUUCAGGCAGAGACAGCCAGGUAGAACUGGGCACUGGGACUAGAGAUGUCCCAUUUUGAUUGUUGAGGCCAGUGAGACCCUCCCAUCCCCUUAUAAGGAUGUAGUUAGAAUAACCCAAUGUGGGGAAGGGGUAGAAACUUAGAGAAGUAGUCAGACCUUUUCUGAGAAAGGGCUCAGAGCUCUGUCGGGUAUUGAUGUUCCAGGCUUCAAGGCACUGCUGAUUCAGAGAGCAAUAAAUUGUAGUCUUAAUUCCAUCUUUUUAAGGGGCAGCAGCCAUCUUGGGUCAGUUGUUGGUUUGCUUUUUCCUUUUUUUUCCCCUUUGAAGUGUUUAUUUUGAAGUCUUGAAUUUUUUUAUGGCUAUUCUUGGCAAAAUGAGACUUUGAGGAACAUGGUCCUUUUUGCAGAACCAUUGUCUGGUCUAUAUGAGGUGGAGUCACUGAAUUCUGGGGGAGUAUGGAUGUCAUGUUCAGCAGUUUAGCACAGGGCCUUUGUUCUGUUCCAGAGGCCAAUAGUAAGUAAGUAGUGCAGAGGAUUCCCACCUGUAGGGAUAAUAUUCAGCCUUUGAUUCCAGGAGUUCAGAGCAUACCUGCCCCUGAAGUUUGUCUCCAGUCAGUAGAAGGGUUGUCUGCAUUUAAAACACUGGAAGAAAAGAAAAAGGUUAUUCUUACUGAGCUCCUAAAGGCCUGAGACACGAGCUGGCCAUAUGCCAAGGCUCCCCUGGGAAGACUAGAGAGGAUGAUUUUUCAGGUGGAAGAGACCUUUCCAUUUGUCGAACGAGAAGAAACCUGUGCCUAGAAAGGAGCCGUGAUUUGUCCAAGUUCUGUUGCCUUCCUGAAUGAGAGCUUUCUCCUGGGUCAGGGAGGACAGCCGUUCAGCAUCAGGAAUUAGGUGUUUCAGGGUUUCUGGAUGGAGAGGAAGAUGACCACAUUCUCAAGCAUCAGAACCUAUGGAGCUACCAGUGCCAGGUGAUCAGCCACUCCUCCCAUCUCAGAGAGCUCUCUGUGGAAAGACUAUCAGCAUGCUUCUGGGGCACUUGGCUUUAAGUCCUGGCCCCCUUUCUAGCUACCCUCCUUAGGGCAGGGAGGGUCUCAGCUGCAGAAGCUUCUGUUCCCAUCUAUGCUGCCAUUUCCUUUCUCAUCUCUAGCUCUGCCGUGGUCUUCUGAUGAACUCUGGUGACCUUUUGGUGUGGGCUCUGAACAGGAUCAGAUUGGUCAGUCAUCCUAGUGUAGAUAUAGAGAGGAAGAGACCCAACGAGUCAUCCAGUACACCCUCGCCACACCAGGACUGGAAACCAGGUUCUCUGAUUCCACAUCUAGGAUUCUUUCUACCUUGCCCCAAUUGGAGAAAGACAGGCAGUGUUGUAGAAUGGAAAGAGCUCUGAAUUUGGAGUCAGAGGAACUGAGUUCUGUACUGUUUACCACCUGGGAAACCAUGGACAAGUCACCUGUCUUCUCCAAGACUCAGUUUCUUCAUCUGUAAAAUGAAAAAAUUGAACUAAAUGAUCUCUAAGGUGCCUCCAGAUCUAACGUCUGUGAUUCUAUGAGAAUGUGAAUUAUGACUUUUUGAUUUAGUAGUGAUCAGCAGGAGUGAGUAGGAAUUACUAGCUAGCAGAAAAGGAAGACUUCUCAUACCCCUCUGGGUUGUCUUAGUGAGUGUGGUAGGGCUUGUCUACACAUUCCCAGUUCUCGUACCAUCUCUUCAUUCGUUUCUGAAGUGAAAGCUACCAUCACCUCAAAGUGACCCAGUUCUCAGACCCAGAUUACCCUGCUGAUUUCUGUUGCUCUUCAGUAUCUUUGGAAUUUAUGGUAAACAUCUGAAUGUCCAAAAUGGGAUUAGGGCUCCCCCUGGGUCCUUGUGCAGUCUUUAAGAGGGAGUGCCGAGUUGAGUGGGAAUCUGUUUUGAGUGCUUGAAGACAGCAGCAGAAACAUUUUCUAGAAACUGGUUAAGAUUCACCAGCUUAGUAUUUCCUAGGCUUGUCUCUUGCUCGUCACAAAUUUUGUCAGUUGGAAAUGCAGCCUGUGCCCCGUAAGCAUCAGGUUGACAUGUCAACCAAGGAAGAAGAGAAGAGAGCAGCUUCAGAACCUGUCAGAUCAGUUCUGGGCUUUAAGUUUUAGACCCAGGAAUAGAUUUCUGGAGAUUUGUAGCCAAAUGGUAUCCAUAGGAACCCUGUAGUAAUUGGAGAAGCAUAAGAGAGGAAGCUGGACUUAUGUGUACUUUUGUCUUGUUAGGGUGAGGGAAACAGUGAUGUGGAGGUGAGGAUAGGAAGCCAGCUUGAAUGGGGGUUGUCUAAAUGAAUGGAAGAAAUGAUAUUCAGGGUAUUAGCUAGGGCAGAGCAAGAUAUAUCCAGGAAAUCCAGCCUGCCUCCCACUAUGGCCUCAGUCCUGGGCUCAGUCCAAAGAGCCAGUGAGCCCUAGAGGAUGCGGUUAGGGAAGAACAGGAAUUAGCUUCCCCAGUUUAUGUAUGAAAAAGUUUAGGUCCCAAGAAGCUUAGAUGUAGCCAGUCAUCUAGUAAGAGGGUUAAAAUUCAAACAUAGAAUUUCUUAUUCUAGGCUACCGGAACUGCUCAGUCCCUAGGACUGGGAGAACAGUCUAUAAUAUUUGGCAUGUAACAGGUAUUGGGUUUAAUUCCUAGAUUCCUUAGAGAUCAUCUAAUCCAAUUGUCUAAUUUUACAGUUGAAGAAGCCAAGUCCCUGAAAGAUGAUUUGAGCAAAGUCACAGUAGCAGAUCUGAGAUCUGAACUUUGGCCUCCUUACCCUUGUCCAGUGUUUUUUUCACUAUACCAUACUACCUCCUAAUGUAAUUGAAUUUUCCAGUGAGAGACACCUUCCUGAGACAGAAUGCAGGCUGUGGUGGCCAGUGUAUAGUGAGUGGUCUUGGAACUGAAUGCCCCAAAGAGACACUGAUCUGGUAAUAAUAGUUGACAAUGAAAAAAAUAGAGAAACUGUCACUCACUGUCAAAAGAUUGUCUCUUUAUCAUAGUGCUGGUCAUUUCCUGCUUGUCCGAGGAAACUCUCAGGAGGUCAGAAUAGUUCUGGAACCACCUAGGAGCAUCAGGCCUCUUCCAGAGCAGAUUAAGAGAGGCCCAAACCUGAUAGCUCCUCACAGCUUUAAAGGUAGGCCAAGAUUUUUUUUUAACAUUUUUUGCCCCCCCCCCUUUUUUUUUAAAGAGUAAGAAUGAUACAUAACUGGAGGAGGGAGAAGGAGGAGAACUCAUUUUUCUAAGUGCCUUGAUGUCUCAAAAGGACAUCAGGGAGGCCAGGCUACACUACCUCCUCCUCCCAGGGACUUUCCAUGCCCACGUGUGUAUCUAUGGUAGAAAUAACUGCUUUUUGAAAGUCAGUGGUAUCUGACUUCCAGUGCCCCAGAGUUGAGGCUGCUGGGCUGCUUUUUUAAUUGGGUACCAGCUGGGUUCAGGAAGUAGAGUGGGUUCUUAGAGCUAGAAAGGACCUCAGAAAUCAUCCAGAGCUUGCCCUUUCAUUGAAAACGUUGAAACCCAACAACACGCAGCUUGUGACAAGCAAAGCCAGGAGGGGUAGGAUGCAGGCUCACUCCUAAGCCAGUUCUCUCUCUACUCUCUCUUGGCACCAGUAGUGAGACAGUAUCACAAACUAUGGCUGGAAAGAGAGGGAGUCAUCACACCCCGCAGGUAUCAUAAGAUGCCACAGAUGGGUAAGGUCCUGCUGAUUUGGGUGAAUGGCCAAGUUUUGACAUUUGAUGGAAAAGGCUGUCCUGCAGGUCAGUGAAGACCCCAGGAGAGUUAGCAUAGCAGGAGAAGGGGAUAUUCUCCAUUGGCCACUCCCUCUACAAGGUUUCCUCUUUGUUUUCUGUGCCUUAUCUGAAUAUUUCAGCUGACUCCAAGUUGUUUACAUUUCUUGUCCUUCCCCAGGGAGGGGGCACCUUCAGUCCCAGGUGGAUCAUCUGCACCUCUUGAAAUUUGUAGGUAACCAGCACCAAGGUCCUAUGGGCCCUCUGUCUUCAGGGGAAUUGUCCAUGCCAUCUCUGACCAUGUCCAGGGGACUCUUAAGCUGCAGGAGGCCAUAGAGCUCUUGAAUACUGAGGUUGAAUCAGGUUUUCUGUGGUUCCUCAAAAGCUGCUAAAGGGAGAUCCAAACCCUUUCCCUCCUCCAGGAAGCUAACAUAAGAGGCAGGCCCCUUCCUUCCUUUCUUCCAGGCUUUCCUCACCUUCCCUAGAGGUGUGGUCAGGAAGGUCAUUUCUAGGAGAGGCGCCCUGUUGGGCACUCUUUGGGACAGCCGUCAACUGAGAGAGCCUUUCUGAGACCUUGCGAUGCCGUGAUCCAGGAAACAAGCAAGCAGGCAGAUUCACAGAAACCAGCUCACAGGCCCAGGCCCUCCCUAGCUCCUGCUGUGUUGACCCUUUCAGUCCCAGCCCUGGGUUCCUGGAAAUGGGGUCAGAGGUUCUAAGUUUGGAGCAGUAUAAGGAUAGAAAGCAGGGAGUGGUUCCCCAGAAUAGCAGGAAGUAAACCCUGGGGGCAUUCCCUUUACCCCAUCCUUGACUUUGGAAGCUCUGGCUUUCUUUUUGUGGAUGGGGAAAGAGAAUUCAAGAGCCCUUCCUGUCCACUCUACCCCCAGCCAUGCCCAUUGGUCUCUGGUGGACUUAUUCUCCAGAUCUUCCAGUGGGUGGGCGUAUUUGGUUGUGCAUGCUGUUCUGGGGACAGGGAAUCCCCCUGUUCCCUCCCUUGGAGAUGGAGGAAGAGCAGAGUCUGCUAUCUCGGGACACUGACACACCUGGGUCAAGCACAAAGUAAGACAGAGACUAUUAAAAUGGAGAGUUGUCUUUUGGACGCUCAAACCUCAGGUAUGAAGAGCUACAUCUGAGCAUGAAACCAGAGAAAAAUGUGUAGUUUGCCAGCACCAUCAGCAGAACUUCCGUCAGCCCCUGCUCACUCCUGAUUGACACAGAGAUGGCGACUCCGACCCUCAGCUUUCUAGGCCUCCUCCUCAUUAAAAAGAGCGUUUCCUCUUUAUGAAUAACGUCACCAAAAUGGAUGUGAUCAGAGUUGUGCACACUGGGUCUGCCUCUGCUUUGUAUUUGUGAGUUGAGUUACCUGGCACUAGCAUGAAGCCUUGAAGAAGGGGUGGGAGGAGGGAGGGGGGGACAUUUUAACUAAGGAAAAAAAAACCUAUUCAAAUGUACUCAAGAUAUGAUAAAGAUGAAACUUUCUGUUGUAUUUUGACAGAAUUAUUUUUAUUAAAAUAUACAUCCAUGUGUAA